GCGCGCGUGCGUGUGUGCCCGGGCGCGCCCGGUGCGCGCGCGGAUGCCCUGGCGCGCGUGCCAUCGGAGCCCAGCAGCUGGGUACCAGCGGCUCUGCUGCCCUCGGCGCGGACAGCGUCUGGACGCGGGGCUCCUGGGGCUCGUCCAGGGCCGCGCCGCCCUGCGCCUCCCCGCCGGGACCUCCUGCGCCCGCACCGCAGCCCCGGGGCAGCCCGCGCUGCCCCUGCGUGCCUUCCGCGGGGAAGGCGUGGGCGUCCGCCGCGGACAGCCCGCUGCGGGUCGCGGCCACCGCGCGGUGCCUCGGCCUGGCCCUGCUGCAGGAGGCCUAGUUGCGUCACCGUGGCCUGUCCUCCGGCCUCCGUCUGCUCGGCGUGAUUCUCGGGCCCCGCCAGAGGUUGCGUGCUUGCUGUAUGGGAAGCGGAGGAGUAAGAGUGGAAAUGGGCGUGAACUUUGGAGUCAGGUCUGCCGUUUGCCGUCGGUGUCACAUUCACAUUGUCCAGAUGUGAACCGAGAUUUGGCCUUUUCACCCAGAGAAAAAGGAAAGGCUCAUGGGCACACAGUGCUGGGAUCGUGGGCACACAACAUGCUGAAAAAGCUGAGCACUGGCAGCCCCAAGCGGGUGACUUUACAGUUCUCUUCUGCAUUGUAAACUAAUCUCAGUGGCCAAGGAGACACGGAUGCCAUGGUUGGUCAGGUCUGUGUCACAGGCCCACUCCUGG